AUGGAACUCCAUUGUUGGGGAUUUUAUGGUGGUCAUAAACAUCACCCUUAUAUACGACAUUCUGGAAGAUUUUAUCCACGAUCACCUCCAAUGAUAGUAUCUAAAUAUCCUAUCAUUUUACCACAUUAUAUGAAAAGACCAAGAUUUAAUUCAAUGAAUAUUUUUCCAAGACAAUUUUAUGGUUAUGGAGGACACCAUCAAUUCAGACAUUUUUGA